UGACCACUCUGUUGCUGAAAUCAUAUUUUCUGCAAUCGAGUUUGGAGCGGUUUACCUUGAGUUUGUAUCUAUUAUUUGCUCGUGUAUUGUUGUGGUUGAAGCUGAAGUAGUCAUUGACAGGGAGGAUAUUGUGGUAGAUAAUUUUAUGUACUAUGCUUAGGUCAGACUGAAGUCUGCGUAGUUCUAAGUUGUCUAAGACCACAAUUUGGAGUCGAUUACUCCCCUCUUGGCUCUGUACCUGUUUGCAUAUGUAGAGAUAGUUCUCCAAGGGGAUUCCUACACUCAGUCCUGUCCUAUUUGAUCACACACUGACCUAAAUGUCAGAGGGAAAGGGCCUUUUUCUAAAGACAAUGAAGAUGCAGAAACCCUACAAAUUCUGAACCAAGAGCCCUAAACUUUAAAAAUGGAGAGAAGGUCAUUCCUGUCCCGUGCCAUUGCUUGUCUUUUCAUCUUGGAGCAGGGUGGACCAGCUCUGGAGAAAACCUGGGUCUGGUUCACACGCAACACAAUCUUUAUUUCUUUGUUCCGGGCAGAAUAUUUUAGCUUCUCUGCAAGGAGGAACGUGGAAAAGAGGUGAAUAUGGAAAAAGGCAUGAACGGAAGAAAACCUUUUCCAAUUUCGUGAUGCUUGUCGUAUCUCCUCCAUCUUCCCUCUUGGUCUUCUGCUCCUUUGCAAAAAAGUCUGCACUCCAGGCUCCUGUUCUUAUCCAACCAAGAAUAAAAUUCUGUAUGAAUCGGAAGUCGCCCUCCCUCCCUUCAGAUCGCACAGAGACUCAACCUCGCUGGCUGCUGAGCCACUCACCUAAGGAUGCUCCAUCUCAAAGUCCAGUUUCUGGAUGACUCUCAGAAAAUCUUUGUGGUUGAUCAAAAGUCUUCUGGGAAAACAUUAUUUAACCUCAGCUGCAACCACUUGAACCUGGCAGAAAAAGAAUAUUUUGGACUGGAAUUCUGGAGCCCUGCAGGGCAUGCUGCCUGGCUGGAACUUCUCAAGCCCAUCACCAAGCAGAUUAAAAAUCCUAAGGACAUUCUUUUCAAAUUUAUGGUGAAAUUUUUCCCAGUGGAUCCGGGCCAUCUUAAAGAAGAGUUGACGAGGUACCUGUUCACCCUUCAGCUCAAGAAGGACCUUGCCUGUGGGAAGCUCCCGUGCAGCGACAACAGUUCGGCUCUGAUGGUGUCGCAUCUCCUACAAUCUGCGCUGGGCGAUUUCCAUGAAGAAAUGGAUCGAAAGCACUUGGAAACGCACAAAUACUUGCUGAACCAAGAGGACCUGAGGACCAGCAUCAUGCGCUACCAUAAGAAGCACGUGGGCAAAACUCCAGAUGAAUCUGAUGUGCAGCUCCUGGACAUAGUGAGGAAGCUGGAGAUGUAUGGCAUCCGUCCACAUCCUGCCAGUGACGGGGAAGGGACCCAGAUCAACUUGGCAGUUACCCACAUGGGCGUCCUGGUACUGCGGGGCAACACCAAGAUUAAUACCUUCAACUGGUCCAAAAUCCGGAAACUGAGUUUCAAACGGAAGCAUUUCUUGAUCAAGCUUCACGCCAACGUUUCGGCUCUCUGCAAAGAUACCCUGGAGUUCGCCAUGGCGAGUCGCGACACCUGCAAGGCGUUUUGGAAGACGUGCGUCGAAUACCAUGCCUUCUUCCGCCUCUCCACGGAGCCAAAGUCAAAACCCAAAGCCUUUCUCUGCAGCAAAGGCUCCAGUUUCCGUUACAGUGGGAGAACUCAGAGGCAGCUGCUGGAACACGGGACCAGAGGGAAGCAGAAAAGCUUGCCAUUCGAGAGGAAACACUAUUCCUCUCGCUAUCAUGACAGGCAAUGCCGGUCCUCCCCGGAUCUGCUAACGGACGUUUCCAAACAAAUGGAAGACCUGAGGCUUGUCUACGGCACCAUGGGGGGCUACUAUGGUGCAAACGGCAUCCACAUGUCUGAACCCACGCUGGACAACCGACGGAGGAACUCAGCUGUGGAAGUCAUCUUCACGGAUGAACUGGAGCGGUCGAAACCAGAAGCAGACCCCAGAUUGGUGCUGCUCCACUCCCAAAGCAGCUCAGCCUUCCCGGUGAUCUACACGGAGCUGGACCACAAUUGGGAACCGGCCGGUCUCUACGGGCCACGGAGCCCCCUGACCUCUUUCCAGCCCAGCUCCAAGCUGGACGGCACCAGCAAGAGCCCUUCUCUGAGCAACGUGAGAGACAGGAGCCCAAGGCAGCAGCUGAUGUACACCGAUGUUCCCUACGUGGCAGCGUCCAGUCAGCCCUUGGAGGUGGCUUCUCCUCCAGUUUUCUUCUACGUGGACCGGCCACCUCAGUACCCCAAGAGCCCCACCAUUGACCGUGCCGAGGAAAGAGUCGUGGAGGUCAACCCCUGCGAGGGACCCAUGAAGCCACAAAGGAACCCAGCUGCAGCUCACCCCAGGUCGAUGGAGCCCCUGGCCCUGCCCCAGGCAACCUACAUCACCCACCUUAGUAUGGAGGAAGAAGAGGAUGAGAACGUCUUUGACUACGGUGUUCAGGAGGCCCCCAAGAGAUCUUGGAGCCAGUCGGAUGUCAAAGCCACCAGAUUCCCUUGCGGCUCCGAGUUCCGCCCUCUCGGCCCCUGCCCAGCCUUGACCAGCAGGAAGAUUGACCUCUUGCAAUGCCUGCUCACCCAGCCACCGUUCCCAGAACCUCCCCAAGCCCAGAGAACCACAGAGUGCUAUGUGGGCAGUGGGACCGAAUCCAGCGACUCCGAUUCAGACUUCCUCCCAGACUACUACGCCCUCUAUGGGCGGGUUCUCAAAAGACCCCGGGUGCGAAUUCACCUCUCCUCGGGGAGCCUCCAGCUGGAGGGAGAGGACUCCCUGGUUCCUGCUGCCACCAUCGAUGAUCCUGAGAGCACCUCCAAUUAUUUUAUGUAGACGGCACAACAACGGCACAGGUCAAAAGUACGUGGCAUAUUGCCAAUGGGUCAGGUUAUUUGUGAAUUAAAAAACAACCACCCUGCUGAAUUCAUUGACACUGUUAAAGGAAAAACAGAAUUGGCUUUGCAUAGUGGGAGUUUCUUUUCCUUAAAGGGAUAAUUUCAUUGAUUAAGUACAUAUUUGGGAGAGGGGAUCGUAAAUAUAAUACUGGACAAAUUAAAUUUUGCAUCAAGUUUAGGGGAUUUCCCAAAUUAAGUCCAGAAAAGAGCUCGUUGGUAAGAGAGCGAAAAAAAGAAUUAAGUUUGCUAGCACCAGGUACAAAUCAACAAUUGGGAUUUGAACUAGCAUUGCUACUGUUUUGUUU